AAGGAUGCGUUAAUCUGAAGAAGACUCCUACGAGAGCUUUCUCUCUUUCAAUUAGCCUAGCUUUUCGGUCAGUUAAGCAACGCUGGAUAUAUUCGAGGGUGCGUUGUCCAAGUCGAACGUCAAGAGGAACAAUACAAGUCCGAGAAGAUCUCAAGGCAUGCUGAGAGCGAAAGAGAAUCCUUCACAUUUGACAAGGUCGACUAUCCGUCAGAAUUUAUGGAAAGCAGUUAUCUCGCAAACGAGCCACAGACGCAAGUCCAUCGCCAAGAAAAGACUACCAUCACCACCACGACCACUCGAGUUGAGUCCAGUAAUUAUAAGAGGGAUGGCUACAAGAAGCAGACUCAACUUUCGAAUACCUCUUCGAUAGAAAAUAUGGGAGUAGUAGAAUCGAACGAAUUAUUUGACAAAACAGAUGACGAAGUGUCAAUGCCACAUGUGGUUCGUCCAAAAAUCCGCGACGAUCCUCGGGUGGUAAACGACCGAGUAGUGAAUAGCAUUACAGAGUGCAAGAUUAAGUCCAGAAGUGACCAAGUCAGUGAUGGAAAAUUCAGCGAGUCUCAAGCGAAAAGACAAAUCCAGACUAGCUACACAUUCGAAGAGCGUCGCGAACAAACAGAUAUUCAUGAAGCGGAUGGGAUUUACACCGGAAUCGAUUCAGCGGCCUCAACUCUCAUUUCAAGCUCUGAUAUGAAUUCGCUACCAAGUAGAGGAGCUGUAAAACAUCUUCGUGACAAGAUUGAACUGAGAGGAAACAACAGCGAGCAGAAAAAAACAAGCAAACGUGUCGAUAUCUUCAAAAGUUUGGACAAAAAUAGCAAAGUCAACAAACAACAUGACCACAAAAAUGAAGACGAGGACAUUGCUGAAAGUCGAUAUGAAACUAAUGAAUCGAGUGGCGAAAAGGUGGACAUUCGUGACAUCGCUCACGGCAAGACUAUACAGCAGACCAAGAAUAACCGUAAAAAACUUUGA